AUGGAAGGCAUCUCAACUAUAAAGAGAGAUUACGUAGCUCAUGAAGUGUUCCCACCAAAAUUCAAACCACCUGAGAAGAUUGUCAAGAGUGAUGAGAGUAUGGAUUUGACCUCCACAUAUAGACAAGAUUACAACCCCUACCCUAUCUGCCAAGUACCUCCAUGUCUCCCCCGUGAGAACAAGCACACCUACAGUGACAAAAUGGACACAUGGACCACUUACAAAGGUGACUAUGUGCUAUGGAAUGAACCAAAGAGAGAGAUGAUCAGACCAGAUGAUGCUUACCGCCCAUCAGAAGAAAAGUUUGACCACAGAACCCAUGUUCAGGAUGAUUACCUUUACAGGGGGCCAGUUGAUACUAAAAGCUUCAAACCUGUGAAUCAGGUCCAGAGAAACAAGGAUCCCUUUGAAACUGCAACAAAUUAUAAAGUGGAUUACGUGCUGCAUCCUCUGGAGAAGCCCUAUGUCCAUAAACCUGAGAAAUACAAGGCCAGUGAGGUCCCAUUUGAUGGCCUCACCACCCACAAAAUAUCUUACAAGGGUCUGGCUGGUGAGCCAGCCAAGCUGGCAAAACCAUACCAGUCAAAGCCUCAACAUGAUCUUCCGUUUUCUUCUACAACAGAGUUUCAGGAAAAAUACAGAACUUGGCCACUGCCUCCUUUAUUCAGCAAAAAACCUGCUGUAUAUGUUCCUCCUGAGGAGAAAAUGGACCUUCACACCACUACUCAGUUACACUACAAGAACCCAAAUGGCCAGCCAGCCAAGAUAUGUCGGUCUUUGGUCCAGUUUAAAAAAAAUACUGAACCAUUUACCAGCUCCUCCACAAUGAAGGAGGACUAUAAGCCCUGGCAGUGCAAGCGAACGAAACCCAUUGUACCUGUCCCCCAGAUGACUUGCCCGUCAGAACCAGCUGACUACUCAACUACCUUUCAGACCCACUACAGACCUCACCCACUCUCCAUCACGCAGAGCUGCAAGCCUCGCUGGCCCGGGCCCAGGCCUUGGACUCCCCUAGAGACAAAAACCACCUAUGCUACCAGUUAUACUCCAAAGCGUACUACGAGAUGCCUGGCUUCAUACAAGGAACCACCGGGUUAUGUGUUUAAAGGAAGUGAUGAAAUUGGCCACAAACUCUUUCUACCUGUUUUCAAGGGUGAAUGCUCAGUGGGUGGACAUUGA